CAGGCCCUCCCAUCCGGCGCCGAGUGUCUGUUCAGACUUCCUUAUCGUGCCUAGCGUCUGCGGGCAGUGGGUCCCCGGCCCUUUCGACCAGAAGGAAGAAGGCCUGGCCAGAGCUUCGGCACCGCAUCACAUCUCCGCCCGUCCCCAGACUAAUGGAUGCCAUGGGUUUACAGCCUGAGUGAAAAACAAAAGGAAGGCCGUGGGGGACGCAGCGGUCCCCACUCCACGUCCGCCCUUGCGCGUCUUCCUUCAUGACUGCUGCUUGAGUUUUCAGGAUGUCCUCACCCAUAGAGGUUCCGUUCGCUGAGUCGCUCGAGACUCUUCUGAUCCACGGAGAAGCAGUCCGCAUCAUAACCCUCGUCGGCUUCGUCGUCCUGCUCUAUGACUAUCUCCUCACGCUCACAGAUGAGGUCAACUUGAUAUGGAAUGCCAAGAAAGGCGUCGUCUCGACGAUCUUCCUUCUUAAUCGCUAUUGCAUUCCGGUCGUGCUGGCUUUGGAUAUAUAUGAAUCGUUUGGGAACGCGGCAGCUUCAAUAUUGUUUUGCAAGGUCUGGACGAUAGUGCAGAGCUAUGUAACGAUAUUCUCCUAUAUCUCUAUCCAUGCGAUAGUCGCGUGGCGCCUCUACGCAAUCCUUAGAGGCAAAGCCUGGGUCGCGUGGACGCUAUGGAUAGCAGGAUUUCUGAACUUCGCCAUCUCCGCGGGUAUCACCACCGCGUCGCUCAUUCCCACCAUCGCCAACCUCCGUCCCUUUCAUCACGCGUGCGUCGUAAGCGCGCCGCGAUACAUAUGGGCUAUUUGGCUUCCUAGUGUCUUCUUCGAAACUCUCCUUUUCGGCCUGACCAUCGUCGCUAUGGUCUAUCAAGGGCAGCGCCAUUCUUUGACUUCUCUCUCGCUUCUCCUUUAUCGCGAUGGAAUGUUGUACUUCGUCGCUGUGACAUUUUGUUCCCUCUUCUCCCUGAUGGUAUGGGCCCUCGCCGGCCCCGACCUCCUCGGCCUCGCUCGCAGCUUCACCCUCGCGAUGGUGAACGUCGCUGGGGCACGCCUCGUGCUGAACCUCAAGGCGUACGCGGCGUCGCGCAGCCCGGACGACGACCUCACGUGGGACCCGCCGCACUGGCCGCAGCCGAACGCCACGACCACGCCCGUCGGGAUCCGCUUCGCGUCAGACUCGGACUCGAUCGGUUCGGGGCAGCGCACAGAGGCGUUUGACCUGGAGAUGUACGCGAUCGAGCGCGAGUACCAGCAUAUCGGGACGCGGAUCCACUAGGGUGCGCGUUUCGCUUUUCGGCUGGCUUUUGGGUUUGGUCGCGUCGCGGGGUUUGGAUACCAAAGGUGCAGGAAGAUACCACUGGAGGAAGGGAAGGAUACCAGGUUAUUUGUACAAUACAGCACUGUAUCGCUAGCUUAUAGACCCCGCGCGGGGUCGUCUUCACCAUCGUUUUGAGCACUUGUGUUUGCA